AUGUCUCUUCCGAAUCUCACCUCAGGCGAAGAUAUCGCCGUGAUGAAUACCAGCGCAUUCGAACUCCUCUACUGGCCUAUCCUAGACAAAGAAGGCAUAUCAAACAUUCGCGUCGCCGACAAAGAGAACAAUACGUCUUCAAGUUCCAGAGCCUCUUUUACCAACCACCCCGUCGCCCUCGAACCAGCAACCGUUACAAACGCCUCUAAAAUCUUCGUAACAGCAGAAUGUCUCGCUUGUAAUGAGGGCGAAUGGAACGACGGUUUCGAAGGACAGCCAGAAGGUGUCGAGAGGCUAGAAGACUCGUGGGACUACUUCGUCGUCGAAACCGCUGACGGUAGCCCUGUACUCGUCCGCGACGUGGUCGCCCAAGUCCAUGCAUGGGCUGCCAAUCCUUUCAUUGGGGAUAAGAUCCGCGAAGGCAUGGUUUGGAUGUAUAACGCCUCGUUUCAGCGCGGUGAAGAUGGACGGUGCUCAAUAGGCGUUGGCUGUGAAGACAACGUAGAUGAGGUGCCAGAAGGUACCAAGAUAUUCUUUGAACACUUUUUCGAACAUGGCCCUGAUCAGGAUACUGGCGUACCCGUUGUCUCUAUAGAGUUUUGGGUGGAAGGGUGGAUGGGAAAUAGCGCGGAAUACUUUUGGAAAUCGCGCAGUGACCCAGAGCUUCAGUAUGGGUUGUAG